AUGGCACUCAGCUUAUCCUUGCUUAGCCUCUGGAUCCGGUCCAGCCAACUUGCAUGACGCGCGCGAUAACAUGAUCUGAAUGCUCCUCGACCACGACGAUCCUCCCAGUGCGCGCUCGACAUUUUUCAGCCCUCUGCGCGGAACACGGCCUGCUAACUCCGACGCUCCUCCGGAUCGCGAGCAGCACAAAUAUCUGGCACCUACGAAACCGGCGCAGAUUGGUUGAGCGCGGGGGAGAUCUGGCCGUUGGACUUGAUAAUGCGACAAGGAUCUCACAAAGUGUGCUGCUCGAGCUCCAGUCGCAGAUCGCACGACGUCGACUGCCUUCUCAGGAGAAGCGGACAUGACCGACUUCUUUCAUGUGCCCGCCAUCACUCUGACCGACCCGCAUAACCAGCAUGGCAUUCCCAGCCCGGCGCAGAGCCCCGUCAAGGACGGCGGAGCCUUCGCGGAGGGGCUGAGCGCGAGGGUGGUGGGGGGUGGGAGACCGAGCACGCCUGGCAAGCAUAAUGGCCGACCCGAGUCGUCGUCGUCUUCCGCAUGGGCAUCGCCCGGAAGAUUGAUACGCACGCUCUCGACAAACGCGUCCGCAGUCGCAUCCAACGGCCAAGCACGGCACGACGUCAAUGCGAGCAAACCACAGCAGCAGCAACACCCCGAGCAAGCGACAGAAUCCCCGGCUAUCGAUCCUUUAUCGCAGCAUAUUCUUAGACGAACUAAUGCGCCACUGAGUCCUCCCAGCAACACCUCCAAUUCCCCCCGACCCAAGACAGUGGAUGGGCGAGUCCAGCGCGAUGAUGGCCAGUCACAACCUGGAGCUGAGGAGAACCAAGCCACAUCGCCAGGGCCAGCUUUCGACCACCCUACCCGAACCGAUACGAACGACACGACAGUCUCAGACCGGGACCGAGCAGAGUUGCGCAAGGACCUGAAGAAAGGCGUCAAGGCUGCUUCGUUCCUAAGCAGGCUCAUGGGUGGCACAAAGAAGAAGGAUGCUACUGAAGAAGAAAUGCCCGAUGAAGAAGACAACACGAGUGAUGAUCGACCCGAAGGCAACGAUGCUGAAGUGUUCACCCAAAAGGUUGAUAACAUGGGCUUCAACCCACGGCAUCCACAACCGCCGGCUUACAUCAAAGUGAGGUCGAAGCAUAAAAAGGAGAAGGAUUUCGAUCGAUUAUUCCUUGCGCAGGAAUUAAAUUGCGGGAAGAAGUUUGACCUGGCUAGGCAGAAUACAGCCAAUAAACUGAGGCGAAAGGCAUCCACGACACCCGAUGCGUGUGACACGGUAUGGGCCAUGGAAUUUAGCCGCGAUGGCAAAUAUCUUGCCGCAGCUGGGGCAGACAAAAUCGUCAGAGUUUGGGCUGUGUUGGCCAGUCCGGACGAUCGAGCAAAGCAUGAACGCCAAGAAGCAAAAGAGAGUGAAGCAAAGGGAUUCGAUGCGUAUGCCGAGCAUCUCAGCGCUCCUGUUUUUCAGAGUACACCAAUUCGCGAGUACGAAGGCCACUCAUCAACAAUACUAGAUCUGAGCUGGAGUAAAAACAACUUCCUGUUGUCCUCAUCGAUGGACAAGACUGUUCGGUUGUGGCAUGUCUCGCGCAAAGAGUGCCUUUGCACUUUCAAGCACAACGACUUCGUUCCAUCGAUAGUGUUUCACCCCAAAGACGAUCGCUUUUUCCUGGCCGGCUCCCUAGACUCAAAGCUAAGACUGUGGAGCAUACCGGAUAAGAACGUGGCAUUUGCAGCACAAGUGCCGGACAUGAUCACUGCUGUUGCCUUUACGCCUGAUGGGAAAUCUGCCAUGGCAGGAUGUUUGAGUGGACUAUGCAUGUUCUUCGAGACCGAAGGACUUCGAUACCAAACACAAAUACACGUUAGAUCUACUCGAGGACAGAACGCCAAAGGUAGCAAGAUCACUGGCAUCCAGGCGUUCAACACGUCUGUCGGUGAUACCAAAGUGUUGAUCACGAGCAACGACUCGCGGAUACGAUUGUACAACUUCCGCGACAAGAGUCUAGAGCUUAAAUUCCGCGGAAAUGAGAACAAUUGCAGUCAAAUUCGAGCGAGCUUGAGUGAUGAUGGGACGUACAUUGUCUGCGGCAGUGAGGAUAAGAAAGCGUAUCUUUGGUCGAUGGAACACAAUCAUGGAGACCGACGGGACAAGACUCCUGUGGAAAUGUUCGAUGCGCACAACUCGAUCGCCACUGUGGUGUGCGUUGCACCGACAAAGACGCGACAGCACCUGAGCAAGUCUGGAGAUCCAGUCUAUGACCUCUGCAACCCACCUCCAAUCACACUUCUCAGCCAUGCCGAACGAUCUGGCGCGGAAAGCAUUCGCUCCAGCUCGCGACCGCCGUCUGUUACCGGAAGUAUAGCACCAUCUGAACAAGAAAAGCAAAAUCUCCCAGCGCACUAUGUGGCUAGGACCGCGCACAAGGACGGGAACAUCAUUGUGACUGCUGACUUCACUGGCAAGAUCAAAGUGUUCCGGCAAGACUGCGCUUGGUCGAAGCGACAGCGGGACGAUGAUCGGGUCUCAGUGUUUUCUAAGAGAAGCACUAAGACUGUUGCUCGUUCACUUGUGUCGAAACCAAGUCUUACAAGCUUGCGCGAGCCAAGGAGGUCUACAUCAACCACAGUUGGCAGUGAUCGGAUCAUAUCCUGGCGACAAGGAAUAUCGGGCAUGACGCCGAUGAAUGACGCGCGGUCCUCGGCAAGGACAUAUCCGCCUUCGCAGGCUUCCACCAAAGUCUCAAGUCAGGACCGAAGCGUAUCGCCGAGGAAGUCGACAGACAGUAAGCGAGGACGAACAAUGCCUGCGACGAAUGAGCGGUCCGAUAGUGUCCGCUCACCUCAGACUCAACACCCUCUGGCGGCCGACGUCAUGGUUCGCUCUCCUUCACCCAUAAGUCGACAACCGACAAACGGAAGUUCCAAUCCCAGCAGGCACGCUGUCGAAUCACCGAACACAAUCCCUUCGCGAUCUUCACCGCAGCAAAAGGAGCAUGAAGAGAAGAACCCUUUGAAUAUGGAUACCAAUGGACGAUCUUACAUGUUCUACGAUCCCAAGGUCUGGGAAGAACACGCGAAGCGCAUCCACCAUACACCUCCUCCGCAAGAUCAACAGCAUGCCGCUCCUCAAUCGCAGCAGCAACCUUCAGAGGACCAUCACAACGGAGUUCUUCAACCCGGCGGACUGCUUGAUAAGGACCCACCCCAUCUCGACAAGGAUCUGGAACUGUCUCGAGCGCAUACCCAGGCGUCGUAUGUCAGUAAACUAUCUGAUGAAUUGACAGACGAAGAACUCAGCGAAUAUGAAGACGCGAGGGAACAUGAGGAACAGUGUCGCAAUUGUCGCGGGAGGAGCUUUAGUGCGAUCAAAGGAAAGGAUGGGGUCCGCUUGGUUUGUGUGGGGUGUGGGAGGGAAUCGUGAGGCCAUCUCUUCUUCGGCCAUGCGACUUGGGAAAUGGUGGACGAGUGGAUUCUUUUCAACAUCACUCACCAUGGCAGGUGUUAUUCUCAUGUGUUAUGAUUAGAGCGGAGGGAAGAACAAGGCAGGCAAAGCAUUACAGAAGAGACAGAUGUGUAUAUAUAUUGACAGAGAAGGGUUCAAGAGAUGGCGCGUAUUAGGGAACUGGUUUGCUUGCGUGGGAUGGGCAUUUGCAUGGGAAGGAAGGGAUUGCAUAUAUACAAGGGCGUGUAGAUGAUGACUUUCUUUUCUGUACAAUGCAUUUUUACCUUUCAAUAUCUUGCUUUCAUCUAUGGUUCGUUUGGACGAGUGGCAGACGAACCAGCCGUGCAGUUUAUGAGUCUUCAUCGAUAUGUAGAUGACGAAGAGGCAUAGGUUGUCAGG